GUCACGGCGUCUGCGCAGAACCCUUCUCUCGCCGAGGCCUCCCAGCCAGAUCCGCCCGGCUCAGCUGACAGCUCCGAAGACGGAAGAGGCGGUCCGCCGGUUGAGCCGGGCGUCUCCAGGCGGGGCCAGCGAGUGGAGGUGAGGGGACCCGGAGCUAGGUUGGAGGACGGAACUUUCGAGCCCGGCGCGGUGAGGCAGUCGGAAGGUACGGUGGGAACUGCGCUUCAGGCGCGCGAGGCAGAGAAGGGCGGCCGGGCCGGGACUGCUUGCUUAGCGGGCUUUAACUCCCCGGACCCGGGACCCGGCCCGAUGGCAGGGUUUCUCUAGUAUAUCUAGUAUGAGUUCUACAUCUUGGCCUUUUAUCCACCUUCAGCAGUCUCAUCUCCAUCAUCUUAAGAAUAAAUGAGAUUUGCAUGAGUUCCAAACUUGGGGCUGAAAUACAAACUCCAGUGCUGAUAUCCUUUUCUUCUAGUUGUUAUUAACAGCUCCUCAGAAAAUUAAAUGUCGUCAGAAGACCGAGAAGCUCAGGAGGAUGAAUUGCUGGCCCUGGCAAGUAUUUAUGAUGGAGAUGAAUUUAGAAAAGCAGAGUCUGUCCAAGGUGGAGAAACCAGGAUCCAUUUGGACUUACCACAAAAUUUCAAGAUAUUUGUGAGCGGCAAUUCAAAUGAGUGUCUCCAGAAUAGUGGCUUUGAAUACACCAUUUGCUUUCUGCCUCCACUUGUGCUGAACUUUGAACUGCCACCAGAUUAUCCAUCCUCCUCCCCACCUUCAUUCACACUUAGUGGCAAAUGGCUGUCACCAACUCAGCUAUCUGCUCUCUGCAAGCACUUAGACAACCUGUGGGAAGAACACCGUGGCAGCGUGGUCCUCUUUGCCUGGAUGCAGUUUCUUAAGGAAGAGACCUUAGCGUACCUGAAUAUUGUCUCUCCUUUUGAACUCACGAUGGGUUCUCAGAAAAAGGUUCAGAGAAGGAUGGCUCAAGCUUCUUCCAACACAGAGCUAGAUUUUGGAGGAGCCACUGGAUCUGACAUAGACCAAGAGGAAGUUGUGGACGAGAGAGCCGUGCAGGAUGUGGAAUCAUUGUCGAGUCUGAUCCAGGAAAUCUUGGACUUUGAUCAAGCUCAGCAGAUAAAAUGCUUUAAUAGUAAAUUGUUCCUGUGCAAUAUCUGUUUCUGUGAGAAACUGGGUAGUGAGUGCAUGUACUUCUUGGAGUGCAGGCAUGUGUACUGCAAAGCCUGUCUCAAGGACUACUUUGAAAUCCAGAUCAGAGAUGGCCAAGUUCAAUGCCUCAACUGCCCAGAACCCAAGUGCCCUUCAGUGGCCACUCCUGGUCAGGUCAAAGAGCUAGUGGAAGCAGAGUUGUUUGCCCGUUAUGACCGCCUUCUCCUCCAGUCCACCUUGGACCUGAUGGCCGAUGUGGUGUACUGCCCCCGCCCAUCCUGCCAGCUGCCUGUAAUGCAGGAGCCUGGCUGUACCAUGGGCAUCUGCUCCAGCUGCAAUUUUGCCUUCUGUACCCUGUGCAGACUGACCUACCACGGGGUCUCUCCAUGUAAGGUGACAGCAGAGAAAUUAAUGGACUUACGAAAUGAGUACCUGCAAGCAGAUGAGGCCAAUAAAAGAUUUUUGGAACAGAGGUAUGGUAAGAGGGUGAUUCAGAAGGCACUGGAAGAGAUGGAAAGUAAGGAGUGGCUAGAAAAGAACUCAAAGAGCUGCCCAUGUUGUGGAACUCCCAUUGAGAAAUUAGAUGGAUGUAACAAGAUGACAUGUACUGGCUGUAUGCAAUAUUUCUGCUGGAUUUGCAUGGGUUCUCUUUCCAGAGCAAACCCUUAUAAACAUUUCACUGAUCCUGCUUCCCCAUGUUUUAACCGGUUGUUCCAUGCUGUGGAUGUUAAUGGAGAUAUUUGGGAAGAUGAGAUUGAAGACUAGUUAACUUCUACUGCUCAAGAUAUGGAAGUGGAAUGGUUUGCCCUAAUCUUUUGUCAAGUAUACAGAAUAACUUUGCAGGAUAUUUAGGGUGCCGUUGAUUCAGUCUUCCUAUGUAGAAGAUAUGGAAGAACAAGGUUUUAUUUUCACAUGUUACUACUGAUUAAGGCACAUGUAUACAUUUUUUCAUUGCAGCAUAAUUGAGGAAGUAUUAAGCCAAAGGUUCAGAAAAUGAAAACUAGAAAAUAUUAAAUAUUACAGUGUGCCCGAAGCUUUGAAUAGUUAAAAGUUAAAUAUUUAUUUUCUUCUCCAAGCUUUAGGGAAAGAGAGAGGGGUCAAGAGUUAAAGACCUUUUUAUCUCUGAGAAGCAUCCCUCUAAGACAUUCUGUGGGAGCUCUGUCAGUAGUACUCCUAAAACCUGGGGUGGGUAGAAGCCUUACUAAAAUUGUGCCGAGAGCCUGAUCUUAGUUACUCCAUAUUACAUUCUUUCCGACCUGAAUUUCUGCUAAUUUUGUUUGGAGGAAGCCCCUUACUCUCUAACCAAUUGGAUGGCCCAGUGUCAUUUUGAUCUGCUUUUCAGAAUAGAAAUUUACAGAUAAUUUAAAAAAUAUUUUUUAGUAUGUAAACACUGUAGGUCACCUGAUAUAUUUAUCAGUGGUCUAUAGUCCACUGGUUUUGAGCCAGGUCUAGAAUUUAUUGAUAGUGGCUUAGAAGAAUUUCAGACCUUUUAAACUUCCCUGUUUCUUCUAGGCAGUAGAGCCUAGAUUCAGAACGACUUGUCUUUGCUACCUUUUGUUCUACAUUCUCUCCGGUUGACCCUUGCCCUACCUUUCAUUGGUAAGGACAAUUUUAAUUUUAGCUCCAACAGCUCAUAUUUUUAUUUCCCCUGCUGGGAUAGGAGAAAACCUAAUAUAUUCCCAAGCUGAACUUUAAUUAUCUGCGUUUUGAGCACUGCACCACCAUAGUUCCAGUGCUAAGUUUCUGAAUUCUUUUUAAAAGGGCUUCUCUAAUGCACUAUGGAAAUUUGUUUUCCUAUCCUCUCUCUCUUUUUUUUUUUAGCAUCAGCACUGUUUCAGGGGAUGAUUUUGGCUUGAUACCUAGAUCCCUGUUCUUGGGUUUGGUUGGCUUUUUGAAAAAUUGCCUUCCUUUAUGGUUUGGUGAGUGGGUUGGUAGCAAAAUAAGAUUUUGGGUAAAAAGGACAGAAGAAUUCAGCUAUAGCUGUGAACAUGUUCUUUUUUCUACCUUGUCAUUGAAAACUGGGGAAUCACUUUUAACCAUUUUAUGUGUGUGUAUCCAAAGAGCACGGACUGUUUCUGGAUUGUCAAUGAGGAUGCUAAAUCUUAAAAAAAUAAAAAUUAUUUAAAAAUUGUCUUAUAAUUAGAGCAGAGUUGCUGUCACCAAGGCAAUUAUCACAUUUAAAAAUGAUAUGGCAUAUAACACAUAUUCUUAAAGUGAGCAGAAGAAAGUCAUGGAAAAGCGUCUCCUCUUUUACCUAAGCUUGUGACUGAACUUAGAUUUUGGGGCCCAUAUUUUGUUUAAUCUACAUGGACUUCAGUUCAGCACAUUUUAUAUAAGAACAAAAGGUAACUUAAAAAAUAAGUUGAGGAUAAGAAAUGGAAAUUAAAACAACUAAUUAUAUAUAGUACAUACUUGAGAAUAGUGGCUCUUCUCAAUGACUGGGUAGGAGUUCAUUUCAUACCUUUCACUGGUAGCCUCUCAGAAGCUCUUAGGUUCAUGGGCUAAUUGAUGUUGCUAGGGGUUAUUUGGGGCUGUUGUACAUUAUGUUAAUGAUGUAUUGAAAGUAGGAAAGACGUCUUAGUUUCGUGAAAGAAAUGACAGCAUUUUUCUCUAUGAUUUAAAAAAAAACACAACAGGUCCUUAGCCUCAAAGACUUGUUUGUUCAACUGAGUGUUUUUUCUUUAGGUACAAGAUCUUCACCCUUUUAUUUUCACAAAGACAGUAGGACUUAUAAAGUCUUAUUUUUAUUUAUUUAUUUAAUUUACUUAUAAUUUGCCAAUCUGAUAGGGCAAAAUGGCACACAAUUAAAAAUUUUUUGCAUACACAUUGAUAACUAAUGAAUAUAAUUUUUGGAAAUUUUCAUUCUAUGAGUUGUUGUUAAGUUCCUUUGAAUUUUUAAAAAAUUUUUAUUGGAAUAUAGUUGAUUUACAAUGUUGUAUUAGUUUCAGGAUGAAGGCCUUUUUUACAGUUGGGCUGAGAUUUGCCAUAAAUUGACAUGGACCUUAUGAGUCCUUUUGAUGGGAAUGAGAGAGCAGAGGAGGAUCCCUUUGAAGAUUGCUAAAGCAAGUUUGAAGAGGGUGCAUCCUUUGAUUUUGUAGAAAAGGUUUGGAUCUAGAACUGGUAAAACAACCUGCUAAAUAACUUUUUAAGUCAAUAUAAAGCUUUUGUGACUUUUAAAGUUUGGGAUUGAAUCACCUUAAGAGCCUGCUUUUGUCACUUAAGGUAAAUCUUUUCUUAUUCAUUUUUUCUAAAGUAAACGUUUUGUUUUACAAUAGUUUUAGAUUUCCACAAAAAUUGCAAAGGUAGUACAGAGUUCCCGUCUACUCUACACCCAUUUCCCUACUCUUUUUUUUUUUUUUUUUAAUGUGGACCAUUUUUAAAGUCUUUAUUGAAUUUGUUACAAUAUUCCUUCUGUUUUAUGUUUUGGUUUUUUGGCCUCAGGGCAUGUGGAAUUUUAGCUUCCCAACCAGGGGUUGAGCUUGUAAACCCUGCACUGGAAGGUGAGACAUUUCCUUAUUCUUAACAUCUUAUAUCACUAUGAUACAUUUGUCACAGUUAAUGAACAGUGUUAGUAACUAGUCUCUCUACUUCUAAUUUCCUUCGUUGUUUUUUUUUUUUCCUAGAGACUUUUCUCUGUUCCAGGAUCCCAUUCAGGAUACCACAUAUUACUUUUAGUCAUCAUGUCUCCUUAGACUCCUCUUGGCUAUCACAUUUUUAUUAGUAAUAUUACAUAAACAUUGUAUCUUGAUGCACCUGUAUUGGUCAGAAGCCAAAAAUUUUUUCCCGAAGGCUAAUUACCUGUUCCAGGUAGGCUCAGAAAAUCAGUAAAAUUCUUUUUUGAUUGAGGUCUUUUUCUAUUUUUUCUGAGGACACUGGCCAUCUCUGGAGUUUUACUCUGUGUGCCUGUUAUGGUCAUUUUUCUGCUCAGCUUCAUGAGGAAAUCAUUAAACAUUGGACAAGUUGAUCAGACAUAUGGGUCAUCUGGACUCACAGAGGCUCUGCACUAGUGUGAGAAGAUGAGCCCUGCCACCUCAGCUAAAUACUGAAUUCAAUGA